AUGUCUAAAGCAAACGUUGUCGGUAUCCUUGGUAAGACUUAUUCCUGUGUUGGUGUAUUCCAGCAUGGAAAAGUCGAAAUCAUUGCUAAUGAUCAAGGAAAUCGCACGACUCCAUCUUAUGUGGCUUUCACGGACACUGAACGUCUGAUUGGUGACGCUUCUAAAAAUCAGGUAGCAAUGAAUCCGACGAACACUGUUUUGGACGCAAAGCGCUUGAUUGGACGCAAGUGUGACGAUCCAGCCGUUCAAUCGAACAUGAAGCAUUGGCCGUUCAAGGUUAUCCAAGGAGAAGGUGCUCGUCCAAAAAUCCAAGUGGAGAUUAAAUGA